AUGCUCAAGCAUCUCUGGUUUGCUGGCGCAGAGCCGCCUUGGACCGACUUCCACAUCGCCAACGAAACGCGCCUCCUGCCUCGAAAUGAAGACGACUCGCCAAUCAAAUGGGCAGACUGGAAGGCCUUGGCCAGGGAACUCCUCCAAGUGCACGAACGCGACCCAGAUGUGGUCCACCCACGCUUUCUGCGCGCCGAGCUUCGCCUCUCCCGCAUCAACACCAUCCAUCGCUUCACCCGCCUCCCUCCCUUCCACCCCUACGUCCGCGACUGGCACAGCUAUAGCAGCCUCUUUCACGAUAAUCUUGCGUGGAUGGCCACUGCCGCUGUCUUCCUGGCCCUGGUGCUGACCGCGAUGCAGGUCGGCCUCGCCACGGAGCGACUCCAACAAGACACCACCUUCCAGCAGGCGUCGUACGGCUUCACCGUAUUCGCUAUUCUAGGGCCUAUAUGCGCGUUCGGCCUAGUGGCGCUGGGUACGCUGUUCAACCUCGUCAAUGACCUACUGCUGCUCAUCGGAAGACGGCGCAACCGCGCAGUGCAUGAAACCUCGGGUGAAGUUAGUCACUCCUCUACAAUUGGCCCCGAAGUAAUCCUCUUCCGUUCUUCCUGCCUAAAUAAGCCUCUUGUUAUACUUCGGGCGGGGCUGAACACAAGUGCCGAAGCGUAUACCUGA